CAGUCGUCGCUCAGACGCAGGCUGGGAUGAUAAUUACAUUUCUCUGGGCAGAGCGCGAACACACCGCCGGUUCUCGCUGCACAGCCCGAGAGCCGCUCAGAUUAUGUGUUUGUGUGGUAACUAACAUGAGGCGUCUGGUGCAGAGAUAGAUUUAUUUUUUGUUUGUUUUUUUAUGUACGUCGUGUUUCCUCACCUCCCUUCUCUGCCUGGCGUUUGUCUCAGCUGAAAGCCGUGCCGUGCCGUGCCGAGGGGCUGUUGUCACACAGGCCGCAGUUCGGGUCUUGUUGCUGGGAGGAGACCAUUUCAGACUCGCCUCUCCCUUUGCUAGCUGGUUAUGAUGUGUCGCUGCUGCUGGUGUAUUCUCCACACAGCAGGCCACUGUAACGCGAGGCGGGUCCUUGGGUAAAUCUGUUUUUAAAGGAGCUGACUUGGAAACACACCACACCGUUCAAGGAUGGACGUUGAUUUAUGUGCUGGCGGGGACAGUAUCAGGAGGAAAGUGGAGUUGACCGGUGCCGCAGAAGGCACGAUGGACGUCGUACCACUGGAGAUGUAUGACUCCGCCAGAGCAAAAAUAGCUGCCAACCUGCGUUGGCUGUUUGCCAAAGCUUAUGGAAUUGACCAUAUUCCAGAAGACUUAAGGGACCCGUUCUACACAGACCAGUAUGACCAGGAACACAUCAAGCCGCCGGUUAUCCGCCUGCUGCUUUCCUGCGAGCUCUACUGCCGUGUCUGCGCCCUCAUCCUCAAGACAGAGCAGGCGGCGUCUCUUCAGUCUCACCAAUCCGUCAUCCAGGCUCUGUCCAGGAAGGGCAUAUAUGUUGUCGAAAGUGAUGAUACACCCGUCACAGAAGGCGACCUGGCCUGUAUGCCCAUCAAAAUGAGUGCUCACAUGCCGAUGAUCGAUGCCCUGAUGAUGGCCUACACGGUGGAGAUGAUCAGCAUCGAGAAAGUGGUGGCUUCCGUCAAGCGCUUCUCCACCUUCAGUGCUUCCAAGGAGCUACCCUUUGACCUGGAGGAUGCUAUGGUCUUCUGGAUCAACAAGGUGAACAUGAAGAUGAGGGAGAUUACGGAGCGGGAACACAAAGUCAAGCACCACCCGCUGGAGUCCCCCAGCCACCAAAAGUCUCCCUCCAAAUGGUAUUGGAAGCUAGUCCCUGUACGGUAUCGUCGGGAGCACGCCUCAGGCCGACAGCUGCCCUUCUUCCCACUGCUGGAAGACCUGAUGAGGGAUGUUUGUGACGGAGCUGCACUGCUCGCCGUGGUCCACUGCUACUGCCCGGACCUCAUGAAGCUGGAGGAUAUUUGCCUCAAGGAAGUACCCUCCAUUGCUGAUAGCCUGUACAACAUCCAGCUACUCAGAGAGUUCGCCAACGAGUAUCUGAAUAAAAGUUUCUAUCUGACGACUGAGGACAUGCUCUACUCACCACUCGUGCUCAAGCACAAUGUCAUGGUGUUCAUUGCUGAACUCUUCUGGUGGUUCGAGACUGUCAAGCCAGAGUUUGUACAACCGAGAGAUCUCCAAGAGUUCAAAGAUGCUCGAGCCAUAGCUCAGCCCAAGAGUGCCCGCCCAUCAGUGCCUAUCUCCAACGCCACCAAGCGCAGCUUCCUGGCCAGCCCUGGUGUUGGCGAUAACCAGAGUAGCCCAGAAGUCUGUAACAGGUACUUCCUGCACCCUGAAGACUCUGACCCCCUUAAAGGGGGUCCAACCUUCAGUCCUUCCCACCCACUCCUGCCCCUCCGACAGAGGCAGCAAAAGCAGCAAGGAGACGACGGUGCAGGUCUUAGAAACCGCUCCAACUCCCUGACUCAGGUGGACGGACAACCCAGAGGCUCUGUUGUUGCAUGGCCCGACAAGAGGCAGAGACCACUAUCCACACUGAGUCCCUACAUGUUUCAUUCAGCCACAGACAGUGAUGCAGACAUAGCUUCUGGUGACAGUGUGAGUCUAGCUCGCUCCAUAAGUAAAGACAGCCUGGCGUCCAACGUCGUCACCGUCACACCCAAACACCAGACUUCUGUCCACCAGCCAUCACAGGCUCCAGUGCGAAGAAUUAAUGGCCACGGCCUCCUUGGCAAUGUCAACAUGGAGGCUGAGGAAGAAACUCUGGUGGCAGUUGCCAGGACUGAUAGUUCUGUCAUCCCUAAAAGGGUCGACGGGACGCAGGCAACUGCCACAGUGGGACCGAAACCCUCUACUGAGUCCAAACCUGAACCAGAUAGCUUUUACCUAGAACCACUGAUGCCUGCCGUGCUCAAAACGGCUAAAGAGAAGUCUGUAUGCCUAAACAAGGAGGAGGAGAGUGGUGAGGGGCCUCGCUCUUCAGGAAGGGGCUCUCUACGCCGAGGAGAUGGAUCGGCAUCGGCCGUUCGUAGGAAAGCUCCCGGUAACCUGAACCAAACCUUUACUCCUCUGGGUGAAGAGGAACACCUGCCAGAGGAGCCUCCACAGAGUCAGGCAGAUGUCAGGCCCAUUCUUACCAGCAGCAUGGACCCCUCGUCCAGAGAGCCAGCCGGGGGUUUCUACCUGCAUUCAGAUUCUGACGAACCAAAGUCUGGCCAGGUCCAGGACGUUGAGCUGGAAGAAAUGGAUGAAGAGGAAGAGGAUCUGGAUGAAGCCGUUACCACUAAGGACCCCAACUGGCCCAGGAAGACUUUUAUUGAGGAUGAAGAAGAAGAAUCAGCCAAACUUCAAGAGGACAUGAAUGUGAAAGAGCAUGAGGACAAAGACAUCAAUGGUUGCAGCGGUCGCUCCAGCCCCUGUCUCAGCGUUAACUCCCAGGCCAGCAGCAUGGCCAGUGGCAGUGUGCGCAUGACUUCCUUUGCUGAACGCAAAGCCCAGCAACAGCGCUUUGGCAGCAACCAUGACCUACGCUCCAGUGCCUCCAGCUCUCAAAGGACCACUCCAGAUGGAUCAGAGAGCAGCGGGCCCCUGCCUUCCUCCUGGAGGAUUAAAAGAGACCAGAGCCCCUCCUCACCCUUGGGAGGAUGCUCUCGUACAGGUGAUGGUAGCGGUGGUGCCAAUGUACUGGCUUCUGAAAUCGUCCAGCUCCGUAUGCAGCUGGAGGAGAAGCGACGUGCCAUUGAGCACCAGAAGAAGAAGAUGGAGGUACUGUCGGCGAGGCAGAGACAGAAGCUGGGGAAGGCGGCCUUUCUGCACAUUGUAAAGAAAGGUGGAGGCAAGAGUGACACAUUACCCAACCCACUUAAAGCUGACAUCUCUAAAGAUGAGCUCAGUCUGGAGAAAGGACCAUCAAGUAAAGAUGAUAUGUGUGUGGAUGCCCUGAGGGGGGACAAAGAGGUAGAAGGAACCACCCCGCCAGGUGCCUUAGAAGCAGACAGGAAGGGGAACGGCGGAAGUUUCUACCUAGAAGAAGAACUGGACCUGAAUGAAUGCAGCCGCUCCAUCGAGCUGCUGAAUGACGCCAUCGGCAGCAUCCAGCAGCAGAUGAUGCAGCUGUCACUGCAGCAGGAGAUGUUGAUGAAACAGAAUGUACAGUCCCCCUCUGGUGUAACUCCACCUCUUCCGAGCAGCGACAAAAAUGUUGACCCUAAGGCAGGGGCAAGCUUUCACUAUGUGGAGCACCUCUCUGGCAACAGCACAGCCCCCGCCAGGAAACCUCCCAAGCUGAGCUCAGGCCGGAGCUCCAGGUCCAAACCAUCUGAGCUAAAAAUAGCCAAGGAGCAAAGCCGACACACCUCCAGGACCCUUACUCCCACCCAGAGUGGGUCAGAGACAUUACCACACUCAAGGCAGUUAGCUGGGGGCAGGUCCCCCAGGGCAGAGCAGCCUGACAGCCCCAGAAACCCCACAGUAGGAGAGACAAUCGACAGGCCGGGCUCUGGCCACAUUCGGAGCGCCACCUUCCGGCUCCGCGACGAGGCAAACAUGCGUCUGCCAACCCGAGUGGACCUGACGGCAGUUGUUGCCCCAGAAGUGUCCUUUGAGGAGUGCCUUUCCAGCACCAUGAGAGAGUCUGAGCUCAAUUCUUCAGACGGUUCGGGGAAAGAGAACAUACCAUCAGAGGAGACGCAACGCAGCAAAACACACCUGAUUGAGGUCGACCUGUCGGAGCUGAAAGACCCCGAGGAAGAGGAGGCGGCUGAGGACAGAACGACAGAAGGAGGGGAUGGAGAGCAAAAGUCAGUCAUGGGCUUCUUCUUCAAGGAUGAGCAGAAAGCAGAGGAUGAGCUGGCAAAGAAGAGAGCAGCGUUCUUGCUGAAACAGCAGAAGAAAGCUGAGGAGGCCCGACUCCGUAAACAACAACUAGAAGCAGAAUCUGAGCUCAAACGGGAUGAAGCCAGACGAAAGGCCGAGGAGGAUCGCUUGCGUAAAGAGGAGGAGAAGACGCGGCGGGAGCUGAUAAAGCAGGAGUAUCUGCGGAGGAAGCAGCAGGAGAUGUUUGAGGAACAAGGUCUCGUCAAGCCCAAAACCCCCAAACCGAAGCAGAAACACAGACCCAAGUCUGUCUUCAGAGAGGAAUCCUCCAGCGAUAAUUUCUCCAAGGGCUCUUCCACACCUGACAACCUGAGCAACGCCCAAUCAGGCUCCAGUCUCUCCCUGGCCUCUGCUGCCACCAACGAGGCCGACAGCGUCAACUCCGGAGGGGCUGGCUCCCAGCGCUGUGACUCUGUGGAGUCGUUUCCGGGCAGUCGUAACAACAGUCGGACUGCAGAAAGAGACUGGGACAACGGCUCUACUGCAUCUUCCAUCACUUCCAUGGCUGAAUAUACUGGUCCCAAACUAUUCAAGGAGCCCAGUGCCAAGUCGAAUAAGCCAAUCAUCCACAAUGCAAUCUCGCACUGCUGCCUAGCUGGCAAAGUCAACGAGCCUCAGAAGAACCAGAUCUUAGAGGAGCUAGAGAAGUGCGAGUCCAAUCACAUGAUGAUCCUGUUUCGCGACGGCGGCUGCCAGUUCCGGGCGCUCUAUUCGUACUUCCCAGACACCGAAGAGAUACAAAAGCUGACGGGCACGGGACCCAAGAGCAUCAGCAAGAAGAUGAUCGACAAGCUGUACAAGUACAGCUCAGACCGGAAGCAGUUCACCGUCAUCCCUGCCAAGACUGUGUCGGUCAGCGUGGAUGCUCUGACUAUCCACAACCACCUGUGGCAGGCCAAGAGAGGCGCUGUGCCAAAGAAAAGCGCAAAAUAGCAAAGCGGAUUUUUUUCAAACGCCCCUCUGUCAUCCAAAUCAUCUUAUCCCCAUCCUGCUUGUUUUUCCUGAAUAGACUGCAUUGACGCUCACCGCCAUGCUGGGGCUGGAAACCUGCUCGGCAGAGGCCGCAUUUACGGGCAUGUGGUCACCUGUAGGUGGACCAAGGCAGAAACAAGGGAAAAGGGGUGUGUGUGUGUGUGUAUGGGUGUGUGUGUGUGUGUGUGUGUCACAGGUGGUCAGGGUCUGGUGCUUGCAACAAAAAGAGGAAUGCCGGCUGAUGUCGCUUUUUUUCUCCCUGUGAUCUCAGUGCGAUCUGUUCAGGUUUCUUUUGGCCCGGCUCAAUUUUUUUCUACGAUGACCACGUCUCAAGCAUGUGGCUUUUUUUUUUUUUUCCUUUUCCCCCUCUCUCUCUGUCACUCUCUCUCUCUCGUAUUUGAUGGAUGUAUUUAUUUAUUAGUUCAGCACUGUCAUGGUCGAGAGCUCAGCUGCAGCACUAAAGUCCUUCCUUUCCCUCUGGAAACGCCUCGAUGUUUGGAUGAAUUCGGACAAAAAGAGCAGGAACAUCAAGGGGAUUUCUGUUUGCUCAUUCCGGAAACUCCGAAGUAAGGGACCUUUGUACAGCCCUUUAGGACAGUCGGACUGCUCUGCUGUCCCAACAAAAAUCUCUUCCUGCGUGGACUGUAGAAUCUGUCAAAUCAGGCUGGCAUUGCCAAUUUUGCCUCACCAGGGAACUCCAAAAAAAACCUGCUGCUCUGAACUGUCUUCUUCUUUUUUUGUCACGGCGGACCUCCUUAGGUCUCCGUAAGACAUCUGUUGGCCUUUUCACGCAUCGUGGUACUAUUUAUUCAACCGCUUUUUAAACUAGACGCUGAUCGUGUAGCACUGGAUAUGUGUAUAGCAAAAAAAAAAAAAAGAAAAAGGAAAAAAAAAAAGUUACCGGCGGUCAUUUUAAAUACUUUUAUUUGUCAAAACAUCCUUUUUCUUGAGGGUGUCAAAAAAGGGUGAAUGAUAGAUUUUGGUACACAAAUGAUGCUUUUUUUUUUUAGCUUUUUUUUUUUUUUUUUAAUUAUUAUUAAAGCAAUGUGGUAUAGAGUUUGAGCUGAUGUUAUGUGUUUUCAUCAUAACGGGAAUUCUCUGAUGUUUAGAGCUUAGUUGUGUUUUCCUCUCUCUCCACUGGGCACUCUUGAAUUGUCCUGUAUAAAGGUGCACUCAUGAACACUUGUCGACGGCUUCUUUCAUGCAAUGUAACUCCCCUCCCUGAGUGUUUUUGUCGGCCUAUCCUAUCUUUAACUAAGAGAGCAGCAAACACACACACACACACACGCACACUCUUGUUAUGAAGAGUGUGUCCGUGUUGCUCUGUAACCGGCUCAAAUGACAGUAUUUGAUAUAUUCAGGGGUUUGUGUGUGCAGGCGGGCGGGGGACUGUGGUUCAGUUAUGUACCAACAUUAAAGAACAUUCCUCCAAGGUGUUGACAAACACUGCCAGAUCGUCUCUCUCUCUCUUUCUCUCCAUCUUUUCAGUCUUCAUCAAAAGUGCUUUUUUUUUAUUUUAGAAACCAUUUGUUGGCCUCAAGAACAACCAGAAGUGUUGCACGAGCACUUUACUUUCUGUUUGUUGGGGAAUUUUAACUUUUUUUUUUUUUUUGAAUGGGCAUAAAAACUAAGAACUAAUCAAUAACACUGCUGUUGCUCGCUUCGUAAAUUGUAAAAAAACUAAACCAAACACUAAGAUUUAAUACUGACGUAAAGCUGAGGGACCUCCGCUGAUACGAUACUACUGCUGUCUCCAAAAACAGAAUACUUGAUUUCUCAUUUGCUGCAUUUUGAUUUGUUUUUGGGGCAUUUGGGCGGAGGGAGGUGGCAGAUCUUUAAUUGUAUGUGAGUGUAUUUUUAUGUUAACUAAAAAGAUUGUAUUGGCAUUUGGUCACCAUUUUUGUUACACUAGUGUACUUUUCAUCUUUGUUGAUUUUACCUUUUUGAUCCCAUGCCAUCUAUUUAUUUUAAAAAUGGAAGCACUGAAACGGAAUAAAUUUUCAAGUGAAUAAAAGUCACAUUUUUCAUUUUUUAUU